AAGGAGUCAGAAGCAACGAUCACUAUUGACCGUUGGCCUUGGUUUCACUUAUUAGCUCCAUCAAGCUAAACAAUGCUUGAAACUGGUUUCAAAUUUCAAAAUAAGCGUCUUAUUGGAAAAACGUGUUCCCGUUUUCUGAAACAGUUUUACAACCAUGUGCCUUGCACACACAUGAGCGGGAUCGAAACUAUAUAUAUUAUUAUAAAUAUAUUGUAAUAAACUUAAUGUAAUUAAUGUAUUAUUAUUUACUAGCUUUAUUGUGAAGGCACGCCCUCGUCGCUUCCGGUAUGCCUCUGACUUCUUCUAGCUAGUUUGAUGCGGCUCGUAACCAGCCGCCCGGUUGCUAGACGACUCGAUCCGCAACACCGACGUGAACACGGUGACCGCUGCAACGGAGGAAAACAACAUUUUAACGGGUUUCAGGACGAUACGGUCAACGGUGUCCACCAACGGGUCGUGAGGCGCACAACCCGCGGAAUUAACGGCGACGAACACCCGUGUUUUAGUCCAGCUAACGUCUCUUUUGUUGAGCCACCGAUUAGUCCUGAAGUCGGGAUUUAUUUGUUUUAUUAAUUUUUUACUUAGGGGAAAAAAAUGAGAGGAUUCACGUACACACGGAGAAAGUCAAGUUGUCCCGACUCGACGUAACGUUGCGCUUUCCCCCGCUAUGCUGAGGACCGAUGCUAAGAUGUCUCUGGAGACCAGCGACGUUCUGACGGAUGAAGACUGCGAGGAGCUGGGCGAGGAUUGCUUCUCUUUCUCUGCUGAUGUUUUGGAGAAGAUAAAAAGAACCAAGAGAUCCUCCUGCAAGCCUCCUCCGUCUCCACGGUCUCCAUACCUCUCCAGCAUGAAUAUGAACCCCAGGAGGGCAGCGGUGGCGGCCUGGAGACUGCCGAGGGCCUCCCUCGGGGACACCAGAGGUGACCCUCUUGGGGGGAGCGGCCCAGCUCGCAUCACGUCCCUCAGCAACGGCCAUGAUGCGUCCCAGACGUUAAGGUCGGAGUUUGAUGUCACCUCAGAGCUUCUCAAACAGACCUUGAGCACGAGGCAGCACAAGCAUCUCCACUCUGGAUCCAACGGCGUCACCGGCGGCACGGUGGACUACAGAGAGAAGGAGAGCAUGUACGACGAGAUCAUUCGACUCAAGAAGAGUCUCCAGGAACAGAAGUCCGACAAAAAGCAGAUGAAAGCCAAACUCCGCCGCCUGGAGGAGGAUAACGCUAAGAGAGAGAAACAGAUAGAGGAGCUGUUGGAUCCCACUAAAGGAUCUGAAUAUACUCGUAGUUUGGUGGAUAAGAAAAGAGAGGGCAGUGUGGUUCUGAACGGGCUGAAGCAGAGAAUCCUGAAGCUGGAGCAGCAGUGUAGAGAGAAAGAAAAAGCCCUGAGUAAGCUACAAAGCGAGCUGAGGACCACUAACCUGGAGGAGCUGAAGAUCACAGUGGAAACCUACUUUGACGAGAUCCAGAGGCUGAGGAUGCUUCUCGAAGCUGCGGAGAAAAGUCGAGCGGAGAGCAAAUGCUCCCAGAGGCAGCAGAAAGCUUUGAGCUCCACGGUUCAUCGUCUCUCCGGCAGCCUGAAGCAGCUCCAGCAGGAGAACGCGGCGCUGCGAGAGGAGCUCGACACCGACGGCCCCGCGGGAGGAACCAAAGGUUACAGAGAGUGGAGCAAGCAGAGACUGUUGAGAAGGCUGCUGGAGGUGGAGAAGAGGCUGGAGGACGGCAGAGGACCCGCCCACGCGGCGCAGCGCAGCGGCCGAUUGGACCGGGGGGUCCAGGCCACCCACACGGAGGCUCCCGGGUUCACCGUGGCAACAGAGGCAACGGUCUCCGUGGGAACCGUCACGGAGGAGGGGGGGGAGGUUCCCGCUCUGAGAGAACGCCUCGGCCAAUUGGAGAAGGAGAGGGCGGAGCUUCAACAGAGGCUGUCAGGCAAAGAUGAUGAACUGAGACAGUCGAGGGCAGAAAGAGAAGCGUCGGAGAUUGAGACCGAACGGUGGAAAGCUGAGCAGACAAAUGAACGGGAGCGAGAGAGGCAGCAGCACACACUGGAGCUGGAACAGCUGCUGAUGAGGAUCCAAACUCUGGAAGAGAAAAGUAAAGCGGCACAAGCGGAGCUCCCUUCUGCCGCGUCGCCCGACGACCGCAGGGACACUGAUGCUGGAGUCCGUCCGGAGGAAGGAGGCAAGAGGGACGGUGGAGGUUCAAAGGAGAAAGAGGAGGAGGAGGAGGAGGAAGAGUUGGGAACAGAGGAGAAAGAAAGAGAGAAGUCAGCGUUGGUUAUCCAGAGAAACUGGAGGGCGCACAGCAACAGGGACAUCGUGAUGCUGCAGUCGGCGAUGAGAGCUCAUCUCCUCAGAGACUCCCGGCUGAAGGACCUGCUAAAAGAAACGCACAAAAAGGCCGUGGAGGCAACAAGUGAGGCUGCAUCCUCCGCGGAGGGAGGGUUUGACGCGGUUGCCUUGACGAUGAUACAGUCCUCAUUCAGGGGACACCUGGCUCGCUGCAGCCGCGCAACCGAGAGCUCUGGGUUCUCUGUGCCUUCUCCGAUGGGAAACGACGCGCCGACGCUGGCAAAAGGAGGAGCGCGCUCAAAACACCCACACGACACAACAGAUGGGGGAAAGCAGGCGGAGGAAGAAGACCCCUGGCUCCUUUCUAGCACUCACUCCACCUGGACGACGGCACCAACCGGUAUUGAUUUCCCUUUAGACCAAACGGAGCUUCGCUGCACAGCUGAGCGCAUCGGAGCCGCCGACGCUGAUUCCGACGACUCCGAUGACAUCAUCGUAUCGCCGUCGCGUCCUCUGAGAAGCAGAGAAGUCUUCAUCUUGUAGAACCUCUGGGUUGUGUUUCUUUAUGAGUGUGUGUGUGUGUGAGAGAGAGAGAAAGUCUGCAGGAAGACCUUCAUGUUCCUGCUCAAUGUGUCGGAUACUGAACCUGCAAACAAUAUCUGAGAUAUUCCGAUACUAGUCAGGAUAACAUUUCACACGCACAACAUGCUCUUUCUAUAGUAAUAACCAGAACAUUCGGGGAAGUUGCAGGUUCACCGCGGCACAUAAACACCUGAUGAUCAGGGUCUUAGGACACUGUCCAUAUGGAUCCCAUUGUUGGAGAAAGAACUUGAUUAAACAUAAAAUGGAAAUCCCUUUUGAUCUUCACCUCUUGUGCUUUCUUAUUUGUGCCAAAGUGCCUGCUGCAUGGUUAAUAUAAUAAAACUUAUGGUAAUAAAUGCAUUUGUUUCUCUUAGCCGGACCCGACAAACCGCUUUCAGGUCGCAGGCUUGUAACACGCAAACGGCACCACGCUAAUCUACCACGUGCGCUUAGUACUAGGACGGCUGAUUGUGAGGUUUGAUCGAGGGAUAAUUCUCUGAACUGAUGCACUAUUGAGUCUAACUGUGAAUAAAUUAUAGAUCCGUCUGCAGCAAUACUAAACACACGGGCAGGACAGUGGGGGAUACACAUGGAGUUUGUAUGGAUUCGAUAAUGUGUGUGCUCUAUAAAAUAAAAAAAGGAUCAAUGCGGAUGAGUGCAGUUUCUUCCGCAGGAUGUGUGUAACUUAAACUUCUGAGACUUUCAAUAAAAAUGCUUUUUUUAUAAUAAAA